UGGUCCCUCCUUCCUUCCUCUCCUCGCCCGCGCAACGACGCUUGCGCCACUAACCUUGAACACCACUUGACAGGUGCCAGUAACUCUAUACCUCUUUCCUCUAUCCUCUCCAAUUUUCUUCCCUCACGCCAGAUUUCUUGGCUUCAACUUGAAUUUACAUGCCAGAGAGGUUUACUCCCUCUACUGUAGGUCGGAAAAUGUUUAGUCCAUCCCCGUUUGACAGUCGUCAAGUAGGAUCUCCUUUCAAUCAAAUUGAGGAUUGUUCUUUGUGUUCUUCAUCCCGUUGUGUUGGCGACCCUGCAUAUUGAAUUUGUCGAGAGUCGGGAUAUGGAUAUGGGGGAAUUACUCUUUCACCCUCCCCACGUGCAUAUCCCUGCAAACAUCUGAAUUAUGCCCUCUCUCAUCAAAUUUUUUAUAUUGAUUUUCUGGCUGCCAUUGGAUAUGCUUUCAAUUGGGUCUCUCAUAACUACUUGAUUCUCUUUUGGUUUUUGGGUUACUAUGGAUGUGGUUGAUCUGGGUCAAUCAUGAAUUCUUGAUACUCUUAACUGUAUAGAACCAAGAGGAGAAGAUUUGUUUUUCUCUUUUUGAUUUCAAGUUGGGAAUUGAAUCAAUGGAGGUUCCGGUAAGGCAACAGAUUUUUCGACAGAAGAAGAUGACAAAACAGUUGACCGCGAAACGGGAUGACACGCCCUUGCAUUCAGCUGUGAGAGAAGGGAAUUUGGGUUUGGUUUUGGAAAUCAUGGGCGAGAUUGAGGGCACAGAAUUGAAGGGUCUGCUGGCUAAACAGAACCAAUUUGGUGAAACUGCAUUGUAUGUUGCUGCUGAAUGUGGUUAUGGUGACUUGGUGAAAGAAAUGAUGAAGUAUUAUGAUGCUAGCUUGGCUGGUAUCAAGGCGAGGAAUGGAUAUGAUGCUUUUCACAUUGCUGCUAAGCAAGGAGACUUAAAGUUGCUGAAGAUUUUCAUUGAGGCUGAUCUUGAACUUUCAGUGACUUUUGAUUCUACAAACACGACGGCACUUCACACAGCUGCCUCUCAGGGUCAUGUAGAAGUAGUGAAUUUCCUUUUGGAUAAAGUGAGCAGCUUGGCUGCCAUUGCUAGAAGCAAUGGCAAAACUGCCUUGCAUUCUGCAGCAAGGAAUGGGCACUUAGAGAUAGUCAAGGCUCUCACGAGUAAAGAACUUGGGAUUGCAACUAGGGUUGACAAGAAGGGCCAGACAGCACUUCACAUGGCAGUUAAAGGACAGAAUGUAGCAGUUGUAGAUGAACUGAUGAAUUCAGAUGAUUCCUUGAUAAACAUGGUUGAUGCAAAAGGGAAUACUGCAUUGCAUAUAGCCACCCGUAAGGGUCGGGUUCAGAUUGCUCAAAAGCUGCUAGAGCAUAGUGGCCUCAACCCAAUAGUCAUUAACAAAUCUGGGGAAACUGCUCUUGACACUGCCGAGAAAGCUGGGCAGUCCCUGGUAGCAGUUAUCUUACAAGAACAUGGGGUCAAGUGUGCCAACUUCAUCAAGCCACAAACAAAAGACACAGCUCGAGAACUGAAACAAACUGUAAGUGACAUAAAACAUGAGGUUCAUUACCAGCUGGAGCACACACGUCAAACACGAAAACAUGUGCGGGGUAUAGCUAAAAGACUCAGCAAAAUACAUGUAGAAGGGCUUAACAAUGCAAUCAGCUCCACCACAGUUGUUGCUGUUCUCAUAGCUACUAUAGCAUUUGCUGCCAUCUUCAGUGUUCCUGGUCAAUACUUUGAUAGCCCAAAAAAUCUUGCUCCUGGAUUUGUCCUUGGAGAAGCACGUAUUGCUCAGAGACCCGAAUUUUUGGUCUUCAUUAUAUUUGACGCAUUUGCACUUUUCAUAUCAUUGGCUGUUGUAGUGGUGCAAACAUCGGUUGUAGUUAUUGAGAGAAAGGCUAAAAAGCAGAUGAUGGCAGUCAUUAACAAGCUGAUGUGGCUGGCCUGCGUGAUGAUUUCAGUUGCAUUCCUUGCACUGUCAUAUAUAGUCGUGGGAGAUAGAGAGAGAUGGUUAGCAGUUAGCAUAACAGUUGUAGGGGCUGUGAUCAUGUUGUCAACAUUGGGGACUAUGUGUUAUUGGGUGAUCAUAAAUCGUAUCGAGGUUGGCAGAUUACGUAGUAUACGGAGGUCAUCAAUGAGCAGGUCAUGCUCACCAAUUUCAGUGUCGGAAUCAGAGAUCUUGACCAAUAAACUCUAUGCAGUUUGACAUUUGAUAUACUGCAUGCUAUUGACCAUAGUUGUCUCCUUGCUCUCCUCGACACAAGUAACGUAAAUCUCAAGCCUAUUACUUCUCAUUUGUGAAUAUUAUAUACCUGAUGUAACAUAAUUUUCAGCCUAUUGUCUAUUGCUUCUCACUGAAAUUCACAAGAGAAUCAUAUUAUUGUUAUUCACCUUAUUUUAACUUGAAAGAUUGACCAACCUUGUUCAUGUCAAUCUUGCUUGUUACUUAAAAUAUUGGCCAUCCAUACUUGUACUAGAGGGAUUACUGUUUAGUGAUUAGAUGAAACUUUUAGACAGAUCUUGUUGGAUUUCACACACUGAAAUAAUCCUACUUGGUUUUGUACUUUCAAUUA